AUGAAGAUGGAAGACAAUGAGGAUGAGCGAGCGCGAGAAGGAAGCGGAGGAGUUCCUCCAGAGCAAAUCCGAUGUGAAAGGACUUGUAGACUCUGGAAUUACCAAGUCCCAGUCAUCGAUCUCGAAGGCCUAGCUGAUGUUGAUGAUCAAAUUAGAAGAAAGGAGAUUGUUAAAGACAUUGAAAACGCAGCGGGGAAAUGGGGUUUCUUUCAGAUUAUCAACCAUUUAAUCCCACUCUCUGUUAUGGAAGAUAUGCUUGAAGCUACUCAUCGUUUUCACGAACUGCCCAAGGAAGUCAAGAAUGAAUGGUACUCUAUUGAUUUUACACACAGUAAUGUCAACUUUUUCAGCAACCCUCGAUUCAGACCAGAGAGGCCUGGAGAUUGGAGAGAUACAUUACGCUGUUACGCCAUUGAAGAUGAACGCAACAUGGAAGCAAGAAGAAACGAGAGAGUAUUACAAAGUCUUGGUGGGAACCGAAAGAUAUUAGGUGGAUUACUAUCAGGAGCACUGGGACUUAGCAGUGAUUACAUAACAAACGCGGGUUGUUUGAACUCCAUGUCACUCUUCUAUCAAUAUUACCCAGUUUGCCCGGAGCCCCAUUUGGCUUUGGGCACCACCAAGCACGCAGAUAGCACCUUUUUGACCAUUCUGCUUCAAGACACAACUGGUGGUCUCCAAGUUCUUCAUCAAAACCAUUGGAUUGAUGUGAAGCCCGUCAGAGGAGCUUUUCUUGUCAAUAUUGGUGACUUAAUGCAGCUACCUAGUAAUGACAAGAUGAAAAGUGUGAAGCAUAGAGUUUUGGCUACACAAGGAGUGAAGGCUCGAGUAUUAGUUGCAUGUUUCUUCAAUUCUGAUGACAAGCUCAAACCAUAUGGACCAAAAAAGGAUAUUCAUCAUUAUCAUCAUCAUCAUCAUCAUCAUCAUCAUCAUCCCCAAGUCCCAAUCAUCGAUCUCAGAUAUGAAACUAUAAGGAGGAAGGAGGUUGUGAAAGCCAUAGAAAAUGCAGCUGAGAAUUGGGGUUUCUUUCAGAUUAUCAACCAUGGAAUUCCACUUGCUCUUAUUGAGGAGAUGGUGGAAGCUGCUCGUCGUUUUCAAGAACAGCCCCAGGAGGUGAAGGAGGAGUGGCACUCCUUGGAUUUUGCACACAGCAGUGUCAACUUUGUCAGCAAUCCAAGAUUCAAAGCAAACGCUCCUGGCGAUUGGAGGGACAACUUAGGUUGUGUCGCCAUAGAAGAUGAACGCAAUUAG